UUAUGACAAAAUAAAAAUACUUGUGAUUUCAAUUUAAUUUAGGUGAUUUUAUUUUAAUUUAUUUCAGUGUAAGUGAUGGUGAAAUUCAUCUUUAUUUUAUUAAGUUUAGCCAUAUGUCAUGCAGCCUUAGCUCUAUACUGUUUGGGAAAGUAAAUUCAUGGUGAUCUUUGUGACAAUCACUUACAUUUUAAAUAAAACUUGUAUUCAUAGAGGUUGCAUAUGAAUUCUUUAAAAACAACAUUUACAAAUAUGUGAUCUGAUUAUUCUAAAUCUAAUGAGCCUCCAGUCUGCAAUAUGGCCUUGGUCUCUUGUCUGACAUAACAUCUUGCAGAUUUUCCCUGGGUUCUGAAGCUACUUUUAAUGUACUUCCUCAAGUAUCAGAGACAGAUUAUUUCACCAUCUGGGGUUUGACAAUUAAGAAAUGACUCAAAUUCUCAAGUUCUUUGAUAACUACUUUAGCUCUUUCACACGCAUCUGCUAUUAGAUAGUGUUUAUAAUCUAAAAAUUAUUUAUAUUGUAAUUUUUUUUAAACAGUAACAACAUUCAGGAUGAUUUUAUGUUUAGUAUUAAUAAAGUAACUAUGAAUAAGGAUUUUAUAAAUUUUAUUUGUUGUUUAUAAAAAUUGUAUUGGUUAGAAGCAAAGCAGUUUGAUUUUGUAUUUAGAAUAAAGCAGGAGAGAGUAAAACAGAGCAUUAAAUGUCAAGGACAUUUUUUUCCUAGCACUAGCAUUGUAUGGAAGGAAGCAGUAACCAGAUAACCUAAGAGUCCCAGCUGAUUCUAACCUUCAAAAAGUUUCUCUCUCUUGUGUAAGCCAUCCUCAAUAGAAACUGGUUGGAAAUAUUCUAUGCAUUCUUCAGUCGUAUGGAAACAGUCACUUUGUGUGAUAUCUACAGGUCAUGAAAGGUUCGUUUCUGCUGUCAGUCGUGCUUCUCCAAGCACUGGGCUGUGGUCUUGGGGCAAGGAUACUGGUUGUGCUACCGUUUCCUGCCAGGAGUCACUUUUUCUUCUUGUCAGCCAUCUUGAAAGCCUUGUCUCAGAGAGGACAUCACAUUGUUGAAUAUAGCCCCUUCCCUCCUAGUAAACCUCUUCCUAACUACACCCACGUUGAGGUCCAUACAUUCCUUGAGGAUCUUGUCAAUGAUUGGAGUUUUGAAGAAUUUGAGGAAAUGGCCCAAAAGGACCAGCCGGUUGUUGGUUUAGGAUUUAUGAGUAUAUGGAACAUUUAAAGUGCAGUGUGUGCAGAAGCAUUUCAACAUGAAAACUUUAAAAAACUUAUCAACUCCAAUGAAAAAUUUGAUCUUGUAAUCACAGAAUCUUCAUUUGGACAAGAAUCGAUGCUUGUUUUUGGACACAGAUUUAGUGCACCAACAGUGACUCUGCAGACAUUCUCCUCCUGGAGUGGUAUUAACAAGAAUGCAGGAAAUGCCUUAUCAAUCGCUUUCAUCCCUGAUACCAUCUCAUAUAUAGCCUCAGAUCAAAUGUCUUUCCAUGAGAGAUUCUUGAACUUCAUCUCUACUGUGACGACCCUCUUUAUGUACUACAAUCACCAGCUUCCAUUACAAGACAAUGUACUGAAAGAGAACUACAAGAUGGAUGCUCCCCCUGUAGCUGACAUGGUUAGCAAUGUCUCGCUGUACCUCAUCAACACUCAUCCUACCGUGGAGUAUGCGCAACCUUACACUCCAAAUAUCAUUCCUGUUGGAGGAAUUGUAAUAGAACCUGACAGAACAUCUCUUCCUCAGGACAUCAAGAAAUUCAUGGAUGGAGCAUCCAAAGAGGGGGUGAUUUACUUCAGUUUGGGAACCUUAGUGCCUAUUCAUCGUAUGCCAAAAGAAAAGUUGCAAAUGUUUGUGAAUGUCUUCAGUAAACUAAAACAAAAAGUGCUGUGGAGGAUUAAUCUUGACACCAUACCUGGCCUCUCUGCUAAUGUGAAGCUUACAAAAUGGGUUCCUCAACCAGGGGUCUUAGCUCAUCCAAAUUGUGUUUUGUUCUUGACACAUGGGGGGCUGUUUGGACAACAGGAAGCCAUGCAUGCAGGAGUACCAACUGUUAAUAUUCCGUUUUUUGGAGAUCAGCCAUACAAUGCCAAGUUUGCGGAGCAUCGUGGCAUCGGAGUCAAACUUAUGUUUAACGAUUUGUCCGAUGAAACUAUCUCCACUGCUAUUAGAACUGUCCUGGACAAUCCAAAAUGGUGCCAAGUUGUACAGAGAGAUGUUCUCUGUCUCUGAAUAGAUGGAUCUGCAGAGUGUUCUGGAAAAGAUUCAAACCUACUGUCUUAUUAAUGGAAGGAGUCUGAUUCAAACUAAAUGUUUGGUCACCACCACCAGACCAAGGCAGAGCCAUCAGUUCGACUUUAAGCUCCAGGAUGUUGUUCUUUUCAGGUCAGUGUUCGCGAUCUUGGAGUUCUUUUAACAUUCGACUUCGGUUUGUACAUUACCAAGUUGGUCAACAAGGCCACGAAAAUCCUUGAACUCAUUAGUUGGAAUUGUUGCUGGGGCUACUCUCUGCCAUUUCUCAAAGCUCUCUAUAGUUAACAUGUUUGACCUAUAAUGGAAUACUCCUCUGUGGUCUAGUUACCUUACCAAGUGGGGCAGAUCUCAUUUCUGGACUCUGCUGAGACAAUUCUUCUGGAUGGUUAGUGUUAGGUUCAGCUUACAUGGAUGUAGACCUGCAAGAGGUUCAACACCACUAGCUUCAUAACCUGGAGGUCUGCAGAAAAUUGAUGGACAUGGUGUUCCUCUUCAAGAUCUUAAACGGUCUGAUCGACUGUCCAGAGAUAUUCCAACUCAUCGUUCUUCAUAUCCCUUGUAGAGCACACCAUUGUCAACUAUUGAUCAAAUUCCAAACUAACUACCAGUACUACAAUACCAUACCCAGGCUGAUAAGGACUGGACAUAAAGUGUGCCAACAUUAAAUUCUACGGCUCAGUCUUCGUAAUAUUUGAAAAAAAUUUCAAUGGUUGGAUGAUCUUUGUUUUCUAAGUGAGCUACUUUAUUAGUUUAGAUGUGUUGUGCUCUGUUAUUUGGUUGGUUGCGUUAUACCUAGAUUAUUGCAUUAAAAAAAUGUAAUAUGUUAUAACUUAUAAAGUUACUGUUUCUCAGUUUGUCAUAGUUGCCCAGUCUGUUAUAUUUGUUAUUAUUAUUGUUCAUUGUUGUUAU